GUUCCUUUUUUUUUUUAAUUAGUUUUUUUAAUAACCUUCCAUUGUUGUAUGAAUUUGGCUUACAGUUGCGUAAUUCUUUCAUGUAUUGAGCAAAUCAUGUCUCUUUCUUUCUGAAAUUUUGUAUAUGAAAUGUGAGAUCCAGUGUAGCUCUUGAAUUUCUUCCUUUGCGUGUGCAUCUCUACAUCAUCAGAUCACUGUGUGUGAGAAAGAGACUGAUCGCUUUAUUUCAUGAAGAACGUGAUUCUCUGAGCACAAAAGCGUUUUCUACCAAUUGAUCAGAAAUUGAAAUCUAAAAUUUUCUGAUUACUUUCUCACAUUUUCGAAAUGGUUUUUUGAUGAUCGAUAGAGUUUGAUUAUUAACUGCAAUCCAAAUUUCUGUGUUUGACAUUGUAUUUGAUCUUCCAAAUUAACAUAAUUUCAGAAAUGGACAAAGGUCAUGGAGGAUCAAGUCGAUUAUCAACUCAUAUGCGACACACAGGUUUGGAUCACAACGUUUUCUUGAGUAAAUCAUCAAAGAAAGAGAAGCUUAGAAGAUUGAAUUCUAUCGCGAUGAAAAAACGAGAAACUGAAACUCAAAAAUCAAAAGAUUGUACAAAAGAUGAAGAAGAAGUAGCUGAGGCUCUAUUUGCAUUGGCUCAAACAUUCAACAAAACUUCAGAAUUACAACCAGUAGAAAAUUUACACGUGGAACCACCUCCAAAAGAAGCUGACAUCAUCACUACUCAUGGGAUCAACAAUUCACGAAAGAGAUGUUGGGUUCAUGUUUACAUAUGUCAUUUUAUUAAAGCUGACGUCACCAGUGUAAAUGGCAUACGUAUAUCUAACAAACAAGCCUUGCAAUAA